AUCGAAGUCCACUGGACAAGCUGAAUCCGUUGCUCACACUCACACAAAAGCGCAUCAAAAGCCUUAGAGCUAAGUUCUCCUGCCAAGUCCUGGGUGGAAUGGGAGUCUGGAGAGAUGCAGCAGUUCCUCUGCUCCUAAUUCUUCAGUAGGCAGGUCUACAGCUACAGCUCCAAGUUGGUACAGGCCCUGCCCCCUUCCGUUCCGAUUGGCUGGUUCGGUUCUGGGGGCGGAGCGUUCGCAGGGAUUUAGCUGAGCACAGGAAACCCCCGGAAGUGGAGUUGCCGGAACCAUGGGCACCCCAUCGCUGUCCUCUGGUGUCCAUGUUGGUGGCCUGAACACUAGGUGGCUCUGGAUGAGUUCCUGCACCCUAGGUUUGCCUGUCCUGCCUGUUUCCUUUCUCUUCUUGUUGUUACUGGUCGCGCCAGGCGCUCGGGCGGCCGGCUAUGAGACAUGUCCCACAGUGAAGCCAGGCAUGCUCAACGUGCACCUGUUGCCUCAUACCCAUGAUGAUGUAGGCUGGCUGAAGACAGUGGACCAGUACUACUAUGGCAUCAGGAACAACGUUCAGCACGCAUCAGUGCAGUACAUCCUCGACUCGGCAAUCUCCUCUCUGCUGGCGGACCCCACCCGGCGCUUCAUCUAUGUGGAGAUGGCCUUCUUCUCCCGUUGGUGGAAGGAGCAGACCAAGGCGACACAGGACAGCGUGCGGGACCUGGUGCGCCAGGGGCGCCUGGAGUUUGUCAAUGGUGGCUGGGUGAUGAACGAUGAGGCAGCCACCCACUAUGGUGCAAUUGUGGACCAGAUGACACUUGGGCUACGCUUCCUGCAAGACACAUUCGGUAGCGACGGGCGUCCCCGUGUGGCCUGGCACAUUGACCCUUUUGGCCACUCUCGAGAACAGGCCUCCCUGUUUGCUCAGAUGGGGUUUGAUGGCUUCUUCCUUGGGCGCAUUGACUAUCAAGAUAAGAUUUUUCGAGAGGAAAAGCUGAAGAUGGAGGAGGUAUGGAGGGCUAGUGCCAGCUUGAAGCCCCCCACUGCUGACCUCUUCACUGGUGUGCUCCCGAAUAAUUAUAACCCUCCGAAGAACCUAUGCUGGGAUAUGCUAUGUGCAGACCCUCCCGUGGUAGAGGAUCCCAACAGCCCUGAGUUCAAUGCAGAUAUGUUGGUCGCUGACUUCCUGAAGCUGGCCUCUUCCCAGGCACAGUGUUACCGAACCAACCACACCGUGAUGACCAUGGGUUCAGACUUCCACUAUGAGAAUGCCAACCUGUGGUUCAAAAACAUGGACAAGCUUAUCCGCCUGGUCAACGAGCAGCAGGUAAAUGGAAGCCGGGUCAAUGUUCUCUACUCCACCCCUACGUGUUACCUCUGGGAGCUGAACAAGGCCAAUCUCACCUGGUCGGUGAAGGAGGAUGACUUCUUUCCUUAUGCCGAUGGCCCCCACAUGUUCUGGACUGGCUAUUUUUCCAGCAGGCCAGCCCUCAAGCGCUAUGAGCGCCUCAGCUACAACUUCCUACAGGUGUGCAACCAGCUAGAAGCACUGGCGGGUCCUGCAGCCACCGUGGGACCCUAUGGCUCAGGAGACAGUGCUCCUCUUAAGGAGGCAGUGGCUGUGCUCCAGCACCACGAUGCUGUCACUGGCACUUCAAGGCAGAAUGUUGCAGAUGACUACGCGCGGCAGCUGGCAGCAGGAUGGGGGCCUUGUGAGGUUCUGGUGAGCAACGCCCUGGCACGGCUGAGCAAUUACAAACAGAACUUCUCAUUCUGCCGCGAGCUCAACAUCAGCAUCUGUCCAGUCAGCCAGCAGUCAGGUCACUUCCAGGUAACUGUUUACAACCCCCUGGGGCGGAAGGUGUCUCAGAUGGUUCGGCUGCCAGUCACCGAAGGCGUGUUCAUCGUGAAGGACCCUGAAGGCCAGACAGUGCCCAGCAAUGUGGUGCUGAUUCCCAGCUCUUACAGUAAGAUGUACGAGCGGGAGCUACUGUUCUCGGCCUCGGUGCCUGCUCUUGGCUUCAGCAUCUACUCUGUGACCAAAAUGAGUGGCCGUAAGUCCCAGACGCACAGCCUGAGAGCCAGGCCCAGGAAACCCAUGUCCCAGGUCUUAUCCAUUGAAAAUGAGUACAUACGGGCCACAUUUGACUCUGGCACAGGGUUACUAAAGAAGAUUGAAAACAUGGAACAGAACCUCUCGCUCCCUGUGAGCCAAGGCUUCUUUUGGUACAAUGCUAGCACUGGAAAUGAAGAGAGUAAUCAGGCCUCUGGUGCCUACAUAUUUCGACCCAACCAGCUUGAGCCAUUGCCUGUAAGCCGUUGGGCUCAGAUCCAUGUGGUGAAGACAGCCUUGGUGCAAGAGGUACACCAGAAUUUUUCAGCCUGGUGUUACCAAGUGGUUCGCCUGUACCCAGGGCAGCGUCAUUUGGAACUGGAGUGGACAGUGGGACCAAUCCCAGUGCAAGAUGGUUGGGGGAAGGAAAUCAUCAGCCGCUUUCACACCCCGAUGAAAACGGAGGGACAGUUCUACACGGACAGCAACGGCCGCGAAAUCCUGAAGAGGAGGCGUGAUUAUCGGCCUACUUGGAGAUUAAAUCAGACUGAACGGGUGGCUGGAAAUUACUAUCCUGUCAACACUCGAAUUUACAUGACGGAUGGGCACAUGCAGCUGACUGUGCUGACCGACCGCUCCCAGGGGGGCAGCAGUCUCCAGGAUGGCUCAUUGGAGCUCAUGGUGCACCGACGGCUGUUGGUAGAUGAUAAGCGAGGUGUGGAUGAGGCCCUGAUAGAGGCAGGUGAUGGAAAGAGGGUGCGAGGGCACCACCUUGUGCUUUUGAGUUCUGUCAGAGAUGCGGCUGCAAGGCACCGACUGCUGGCAGAGAAGGAAGUCCUGGCCCCUCAGUUGGUGCUGGCUCAGGGUGGGAGCGCUCCAUAUUACUCCCAGGCAGCACUAAAACCACAGUUCUCAGGACUUCUCCAGGACCUACCUCCCCAGGUGCACCUCCUCACACUGGCCCGUUGGGCCCCCAAGAUGGUGCUGCUGCGCCUGGAGCACCAGUUCGCUGUGGGAGAAGAUUCUGGUCAGAACUUGAGCUCCCCUGUAACCUUGAACUUGCAGAACCUGUUCCGGGCCUUCACCAUCACCCACCUGCAGGAGACCACACUGGCAGCUAACCAGCCCCUGUCCAAGGCUUCCAGGCUCAAGUGGAGGACAGAAACUGGUCCUGUGUCGAACCCUGCUCCCUCCAAGUUGGACCCUACCUCAGUCACCCUGCAGCCUAUGGAAAUCCGUACCUUCCUGGCCUCAGUUCAGUGGCCAGCACCCAGCUAGGCCUGCCAGGAGGAUGGGCAGACCUCCCUUCCAUUGGUGUA